CUCCACCUCCACUAAAUCACAUGUGGUUGUCAUCCUUGUUAAACGACUCACACCACUUUCUCUUAUUCCAACAACAGUCAUUCAGGAAGACAGUUCAGUUGUUAACUUCUCACAAACAACCAAGCACCACAUUGCCUUAAAUUUAUUUCGUCUGGUUCUGACAGCUGUUAUCUUAAUUAUACAACAAUGAAUGUUAUUGAUGGAGUUGAAAGCAUAAUGAGAACUCUGCCAACACUGGAUUCAUACACAUCAACAUAUUUCACCUUUCCAGACUCUCAAACAUCAUCACAACAACAACAACAGCAACAACAACAACAACAACAACAGCAACAACACUUGCAACAAUAGUAACAACAAAUAUUACAAUUAUAAACUGCUGUGAUAUACUACACUAAUAUAUUCUUGUACUGCAAUUAUAUCAGUCAAAGAUUCACUACGUACAUAUCUUUCCAUUCCAGUAACAAGAAUCUAAAUUUAAUUAAUUAAUUAUCAAAUACAAGACAACUGUGAUUUUAAUUUUUAUAUAUAUUUGCUGCAUUUCACGAAGUCAAAAUGGUUUCAAGAACAUCGCCAAAUGUCUUAGAACCGUCUCUAACGGUGAAAUUCUUUGGAGCUGGUACAGCUGCUUGUAUUGCUGAUUGUGUGACAUUUCCACUGGACACAGCCAAAGUCAGGCUACAAAUUCAAGGAGAAACUGGAAACAAAACCAGCAAACUCGGAGUAUCGCCAACGACAGAGAAACAGGCAUUCAAAUAUAAAGGACCAAUUGGCACAAUCAGAGUGAUUAUUCAAGAAGAAGGUGCACGUGCUCUUUAUAAUGGCAUCAUUCCAGGUUUGCAACGACAAAUGUGUUUUGCAUCUAUUAGAAUUGGUUCCUAUGACAGUUUUAAAGACUUUUAUAGUCGUCUUUAUGGAAACAAUCCCCAAAAGCAACCAUCAUUUAUUGCCAAAAUGUCAGCUGGAGUGACCUCUGGUGCGAUCGCCAUCAUGAUUGCCCAGCCCACCGAUGUUGUCAAAGUGCGUAUGCAAGCACAAAAAGCUGGUGUACCAGCUCGUUACUCAGGCACAAUGAAUGCAUAUAAAACUAUUGCCACCACGGAGGGUGUCCGAGGUUUAUGGAAAGGAAUGGUUCCUAACAUUGCCAGGAAUGUUGUUAUCAACUGCUCAGAGUUGGUCACCUAUGACAUUGUCAAAAACUUCAUCAUCACCAGAAAUAUCCUAUCAGACAAUUUACCCUGUCAUUUUGUGUCAGCAAUAGGAGCAGGUUUCUGUGCCACUGUAGUGGCAUCUCCUGUAGAUGUAGUGAAAACCCGUUACAUGAAUUCCAGUUCUGGCCAAUAUAACGGAGUCUUAAGCUGUUCUUCUCAAAUGUUUAAAGAAGGUGGUUUUAUUGCAUUCUACAAAGGAUUUUUUCCUUCUUUCCUGCGACUUGGUUCAUGGAAUAUUGUUAUGUUCAUCUGUUAUGAACAAAUCAAGAGACUCCUGACCAACAAUAGGAUGUUUGGAAAACACUCCAGCCAAGCAUAGCUAUGACUGCGACGACAACAACAACAACAAUAGCAAAGUCAACUGCACUGUAAUAUUCGAGGCUUUACUACAACCAUGUGAUGAUGACAACAACUGCAAGCAUGAUGACGAAAUGAUAAUAAUAAUAAUAAUAAUAAUAAUGAAGAUGAUUUCUUUUAUUGCCUGUGAGCGUUCAAGAUAUUGGGGACCAUACAAUGCAAAUGAGAAUGAUAAAUGUCGAGGAAUUUACAUUGAUUAAAAGACUGAGAACAACAAUGGUAAUUAAUUAAAAGAAAAGAGCAAUAGCUAACAAUGUAACGCAACAAUAUAACAAGGAACUGUGGGAUAUGUGGAGUAAACAGGUGAGGUCAAUGAUGACGAGAGCAAUAAUUAACAAUACCAGACAAUAAUGAUGAAAACAUAUCCUAAAGUAAUAAUUAAUAAGACAUGAAAUCAAUAACGAUGAAAAGACAUUAUCACUGGAUGAUGAAUUUCUGCCAUUGAUUUUAGAGUGUGAAUGCCCUGUUGUUCAAUUGACUGGACAAUUUACUCAUUGAAUUAGUGAACAACAUAACUGUGUAUUCCACAGACAUGCAUGCCGUUUAUAUAAUUCUCAGACAUGAUCAGUGUGAUGCAAAUAUGAUAAGGUUAGGCCUUUGGACUGCUGGUACACUCAACCAGAAGGACUUCUCUGUGGUUUCUGCUCACUGAAAUUACACUCACAAAGCCUGGAAUGACCCAAGGCUGUAGUAAAAACAUUUGGUCAAGAUGCCACAAUGUGGGAUUGAACUCACCGCUUGGCCACACAUACAUCUACACAUUGAAAUAAAUAAAGAUAACAAUAUAACAAAAAAAAAAAACAACAACAGUGGGAUUUAUAGUCAGUAACUGAUAUGGAUUGUGAUGACUCCUCCAAUCCAUACCAGGUUGAAAAGUGGAUGUAAAAUGAUGAUAAAAUAACCACAAUGUUUCAAAAAAAUACAAGAAAGGAUCUCCAUAACAAAUGGGGUUUCAGAUGAUUUAAAGUACCUAGAAUGCUCCUAGAAUUAAGUACUGAGGUUAAUUUCAUCAACUGCUCCCAAAUUACAGACCUUCAGUAUAAGACAGAAAUUUUUUUUUAAUAUCAUUAUCUAAUAUAGACAUUUCUUAAACACCAUGUGUUUAUAUUAAACAUAAAAUUGAUGUGAUUAUAUAUAUAUAUAUAUAUAUAUAUAUAUAAGCAAUGUUAAUUCUCUAAAUGAAGUAUUAACAGUAACUGCACGAUAAAGUGUAGUAUAUUGCCACUUAAGUGUGGCUGACCCCUAGGGGUGGAUGUUACUGUUGCUUUUAGCCCCAGGAGGACAUCUCCUCCAGUUGGCUUAUCAACACACGACUGUGUCCUGUUUGCCAGGUGAGAGGGAUAACUUCCCUUGGCAAACAGGACACAGUCGUGUGUCGAUAAGCCAGCUGGAGGAGAUGUCCUCCUGGGGCUAAAAGCAACAGUAACAUCCACCCCUAGGGGUCAGCCACACUUAAGUGGCAAUAUACUACACUUUAUAUAUAUAUAUACAUAUAUAAUCAUUCAUAUCAUAUUAAAAAAUACAGAAAGCAUAUUUGGUAUUUUAUACUUUAUAAAACAUACACGUGUUUCAAUAAGUUAAUUUUUUCUUGAAAACUAUAUAAUCUUAUCAAUACACCUCAUCGGUGUUUAGCAAAAAUACAAAAUAUAAUGUUAAAUUGCUCAACAUGUAUUCCAGUCUUGCAAAUUAUCAUCAGAGGGGUGACGGAACCCAGGUUUGAAGGUGAAAAUAAACAGAUUGAAAAGUUAAGACCACACUUUAUCAUACAGCUAUAGACAAAUACAAAUACUCAUAAACAUUCCUUUACAUAUUCAGUUGAGAGGAGUGAAGGAAAGUGACUACAGUAGCAUCAACAGCCCCAACAAUGGCAGCUCCAGCAACCAUGUAUGAUUUUAAAAGUUUGAAAUCCAAAAUGUUUUCUGUAUUUUAUUAAAUACUAUUAUGUGACUAGUAUUCCACACACUGGCCUAUCCCAUGAUUUGAUGCUCCUCUAGCAUAACUGCCUUGGGCAUUGGAGUAGAGUAUGAGUCAUACUAAUGAACCUAAACUGUAGGUUCAAGUAUUAACAGUUCAAACUCUGUGCUGGUACACCAGCAAGUGUAGCUAUAAAGACUAGUGAUAGUCCGUGACACUGAUGAUGGUGAUGAUGAUAUAUAACGUACUGUUCUGUUAUUGGUAGUCAAUAUAAAAAAUGUCAUUCAUCCACCAAGAGAUGAAUACCAUUUAAUAAACUCAUGAUUAAAAUGUCAGCUACUAUAAGUGUUUAUGAAAUGAUACACAUACACACAUGUAUGUAUGUAGGUGAUUUUUCUGAGUCAAGCCAGUUGCUAACCAAGUGGGAAGAAUUUUGAGUUAAGGGAAUACACAGUGUUUGCAAAUAAGUGGUUGAGUUGGUGUGCUAGUUGAACUGUCGAUGCAUACACUCAAGCAUAUAUAUGUAGGCGUGCAUAAUGUACGUAUGUUUGUAAAUGCAUGUAUAUAUAUACAUGUAUGUUUGUAUGUAUAUAUAUGUACAUAUGAGUAUGUGUAUAAAUAAAAACUAACCACCUGUUUUAUCAGGGCUCCAUGCUGGAAUAAUGUUGGAGAGAGAAUUACGUGAUAUUACAAAAGUUACACAUUUUCUUUUAUUUUCAUUUCACAUCAGCAUUAAUAACUUUUAAAAAAGAGCUUUAUAUAAUUAAGACAAGGGGAAUUACUCUUGAUAAAGCAAAGUGGAAGUAACACAUACAUAAAAUUAUGCUGAAUAUAGGAACAAUUUCACAAAAAACUCAGCAUGCAUGAACAUUGUGUGGAGUUGGGUAGUGAAUUAAUACAGAGAAGAAAUAACUUUGUAGAAGGCCCAUGCUGCUGUGUCUAUGAAUAAAGGAUGAGCCUGUAUAUUUUCAGGAGAGAGAAUGAGUUAGAGAGAUCCGGUGAUUUAAAUAUUUGAAAAUAUUUGUUAUUCUUAUUUAUUUUUGUUUCUUUUUGUUUUUGUUAUCAUUUUUGUUGUAAAAACAAGUUUAUAGCAAUGGGAAAAAAUAUAAGAAAAUAUAUUUUGAUGGCAUCGGUGUGUGCACCGAUAUAUAUAUUUAAAAUUUAUAUAUUAUGAUGGUGUAGAUAUUCACAUUUAUAUUUAUAAAAGAAAAUGAUAUAAUACAAACAUAUAUAUAUCUUAUUUAAAAAUUUAAUAUUUUUUAAAAGUGAAUAAAUAUAUAUAUUUCAA